CACACACACACGCACACACACAAGACGAAGAAGACGACUCAGCAGACGUGUCCGUGCAAAUUACCUGCUUGUGGUGAAGGAGUGAGUGUGAAUGCGGGGAGGUGGUCACAUCAGGCGCAUCUCGUUAGUGACGGACAGACGGCCAUGGCUCACGCUGCGCGUUGUGCCAUGUGGCGCAAGGCCAUCAUGGAAGAGAAGCAGGAGCAGAUACACGAACGCCAAGCAAAGCUGGAAGACUUGCCCACGCACGAGCAGGAGAAGCAAGGGCUAUGCCUUCGUCGACUGCAGGUCACUGCCCGAAAGCGUGACUUGGGCGGCAGGCACAUCUUCACUAUGACGUCCACGCGAUCCACACCGGAAGGCGGCACUGCACCGCUGCUCGCCACCCGCAUCAGCGUGGGCGACGUCGUUUCUGUCGGCACCCUGAAGGAUGGCAUGCGCGGCUUUGCCACCGGCGUCAUCAACAAGAUGUCAAGCAUGCAGCUGCAGGUUGCGGUUGAGGAAUCACAGGUGCACCACGACCAGCCGUGGGAGACAAACACGCUCGUCCUGCGCCAACUCAGCGAUACCGUCACUUUUGGAAAGCUGCAGUGGACCAUUGACAAAGUGGAGAAGGGCGACGUGCAGUGCCCGCGCCUGAUUCAGCUCUUGAUGGAGGAAUCUGUGCACCCACUGCCGCGGAUGGCUGAGGAAGCCGUGUAUCCGCUGAACAAGUCGCUCAACGCGUCGCAGCUGGGCGCCGUCGCGUUUGCGCUCCAAAGGCCAGAUAUCGCUGUCAUCCACGGGCCCCCAGGCACGGGCAAGACGACGACGGUGGUUGAGCUGAUUCUGCAGCUUGUGAAGCGCGGGCAGAAGGUGCUGGUUGCCGCAGCAUCGAACAUGGCCGUGGACAACCUGGUGGAGCGCCUCAUUGCCUUCAACGCAAACGUUGUUCGCAUCGGCCAUCCAUCGCGACUGCUCCACUCCGUGAAGGACCACAGCCUUGACAGUCUUCUCAGCUCUUCCGAGGACAUGGACAUUGUUCGCGGCAUUUACGAGGAAAUUGCGGACAUCCGGAACAAACGUCCGUCAAAGCGCCAACCAGGCGCGCGCGCAGCCCAGUUCCAGGCGCAACGCGACAUCAAAGACCUCCGGCGCGAUGCGCAAUCUCGUGAGUCGCGGCUGCUGCGGCAGAUGCUCACGUCCGCCGAUGUCGUGUGCGGAACAACGACGACCGUCUGCCCCACUGGCGUCCUCAAGAACAUCCCCAAAGAGCACUUUGACGUCGCUGUUGUGGACGAGGCCGGACAGGCGCUGGAGCCUGCAGCGUGGGCGGCCGUCAUGCAGGCCCCAAGGUGCGUCCUUGCUGGCGAUCAUUUCCAACUGCCACCCACGGUCAUGUCUGCAGCGGCAGUCGCGUCUGGUCUGCCCAUAACACUCCUGGAACGCGCCGUCAACAUGUUUGGGGACUCUGUCACACGCAUGCUGGACACCCAGUAUCGCAUGCACGCUGCGAUCCAGUCGUGGUCGUCGGCGCAUCUGUACAACUCGCAGCUGCACCCGGCCGACCAGGUCGCCGCGCACCUCCUAACACAGCUCGAUGGCGUCACCGAUACAGAGACGACGCGGGUGCCGCUUGUGUAUGUGGACACGGCGGGCAGCGGUGCGCACGAGUCAUCCGGGGAAGAUGAUAUCUCAAAGUGCAACGAGGGCGAGGCAAUGAUCGUGGUUGAGCACGUGUCCUCUCUUCUGUCUGCUGGCGUUCAACCAAAGGAUAUUGGCGUCAUCACCCCAUACAACCUCCAGGUUGAGAAGGUGCGCGGGCUGCUGAGUGCACACAGCGGCGACGCGUCCGGUGUUGAAGUGUCAUCUGUGGACGGAUUCCAGGGUCGGGAGAAAGAGGCGAUUGUCAUCUCGCUCGUGAGAUCGAAUGAUGAGCGGAUUGUUGGAUUUCUCAGAGACUUCCGCCGCAUCAACGUCGCCGUCACCCGCGCAAGGCGCCACUUGUGCAUUGUGGGCGACAGCAACACCAUCACUGCUGACGAGCACAUGGAUUCCUUGGUCAACUAUCUCAACGCGCAUGCCGUGCUUCGAACAGUGCAUGAUUACGACGAGGCACUGGCUGUUGUUGGCGGCCAGCAGCAGCAGCAACAGGGCAAGAAGGGCAAGAAGCCGAAGAAGACGAAAGCACAAAAGGAGGCAGGAGAGAAGGGCAAAGCCGCAGAUGCGGACAAAGCGGAACAGAAUGUGCUGCGACGAGCCCAUUUUGAAUCGCAGAUCACGGCUUUCCUUCGCGGCAAAGCAAUCACUCCAAAGACAGCCAUCACAACCACAACCACCACCACCACCACCAGCAGCAGCAGCAGCAGCACCGGCACAGCGCGUUCGACCACGGCUGUCGUGGAGGGAGAUGCGCUGGUGUUUCCGCCGUCUCUAUCGUCAUAUGAGCGCAUGCUCGUGCACGACAUCUGCAGCGAUCGUGGACUUGAGCACGAGAGUACGGGGGAGGGGCGAGGCAGGCGUGUUGUUGUUCGCCGGCCAAUGAAGAAAGGGAAGGGUGAUGAUGCAGAAGAUCAAGGGAAGGAGGCCAGCGCACGUGGUGGUGAUGGCGCAAGUGGUGAUGUUGACGAUGACGAUGAUGAUGCCGUGGUGAAGAGGCGACUGGGCCGAAGAGCGGUGAAGCAGCAGGCGCCGUCGGUGGAAGUAGGGUGUGACCAUGUUGGCGACGGUGCUGAUGGUGACGAUGGCAAGGGCGAGGACGAUGGUGCUGUUGCGUCCGCAGGAGCAGCUGGUGCGACCAUACGACACAUUCUGGGCGGCGAUGAAAGUCAGGAGGAACAGAAGGCCACUGGAGAGAGGGGCGUCAAGCAGCAGUCACGUGAUGACGAGCUGACAACCAAAGGCAAACAGCAGCAGCAGCAGCAGCAGCAGCAGCAGCAGCAGCAGCAGCAGCAAGGAGAAGGGGAGACGGAGAUUCAGCGACUGUUGCGAGAGCGACGGGAGCGAUUGCAGGCGGAGCGGGAGGAAAGAUUGCAGAAGCAGAAAGAGCAAGCACAGCAGCAGCAGCAGCAGGGCGGGAAGAAGGGGAAGAAGAGCAAGAAGAAUCAGCAGAAGAGCAGUGGUAGCUCUCGCGGAUACAAGCUUGGUGGUGCAUCGUCGUCGUCAUCAUCGUCAUCAACGCCUGCUGCCACUGCACGGCGACGGCAGCAGGGCGGUGCUGUGGAUGUGGAUGCGCUCGCUGCUGCAAUUGAGGACCCCAACAUGAUGCAAUCCGACCUGGAUCGCAUGCUUCCGCACGAGAACCGCGUGCAGCGAAACCCAUUUAUCGACGCCGCUGCGUACGUGCGUGCAGGCAACAUUGAGCGCGGGCCCAAGCGCCAUCCAACCAAGGCCGACGUCAAGCGCGACCAACUCAAGAAGAAACUGCAGCAGAACAUUGGCGCCAAGUCCUCCACGCGAAAGCCAAAGGAACCACAGCAGGGAACCAGCAGUGGCACUGGUGGAAGUAGCGGCAGUAGUCGUGGUGGUAAGAGGGGCAGAGGCCGGGGAAGGAGGAGGAAGUGAAGCUGAUGGGGAGGUGGAUGAAGGUGCCGCGACGAUGAAGCAACGUGUCGUAGUUGCGUGUAUUUGCAAGGUAGCGAGGAGAGGGAACACAGUCAAAGAGUAACACAGCGACCAACUGUUGGGCACUGUGCUAAAUCCAACGCAUACAUAACUAACGGACGAACGAGCAAGCAGGAACCCGGGUGCAAGGUUGGCGCAUAAAACAAACACAGAAAGAGC